AGUUGCUAAUGGUCAGAUCACCGUGUAUGUCUGGAAAGUUAGGGUCAAUUUAUUCAAAAGUUAUAUUAAGAAAUGAAGAAACCGCCGAAUGUUGACGGAGGAGAAGAGCCGUUUAAUGAUGGUGAUGAACGGAGUUCAGCAUCUGCGAAGAAAACUCGGGGAAAGAAAGUGCUAGCUCGCGUAAAACUGCUGGAUGGGAAAACGCAGAGCUAUUCGGUCAAGAAGCGAUGUACUGGGGAGGAUUUGCUAUCUGUUGUUGCCGAUUCUUUGAACUUAAUGGAAAAAGACUAUUUCGGCUUGAGUUUUCGGAAUGCGCAUGGAUCGCGUUCUUGGCUGAACUUCGGCGAAAGGAUUUCAAAACAAAUGCGAGGCAAGCCCUGGGAAUUCGCGUUGGGAAUCAAAUUCUAUCCUCCCGACCCCGAAAACCUUCACGAAGAUCUCACACGAUAUCUGCUUUGUCUGCAAGUAUACGACGAUCUUCAAUCCGGAAAGGGCCUAGCUCCAUCUGAAGCUGACGGAAAAUUUUUGCAAGUUGCGAAAAAAUUGGCUAUGUAUGGCAUUCAUUUUCAUCCAGCCAAAGAUGUGCAAAAUGCUGACGUUAUUCUUGGGAUUAGUGCCCAUGGAUUACAAGUUUUUCAGAACAGGCUAAGGAUCAAGCGGUUUGCUUGGCCGAACAUUUUAAAAGUUUCCUCGCAUCGCAACAAGGUUUUCGUCAAGAUUCGACCAGGGGCACUGGAAAUGUAUCAGUCCACUGUCGAAUACGAAUUUCCAGAUUCCGAGUCCGCGAAGAAUUUCUGGACAACGUGCGUGCUAUGCCUCUACAAUAGCUAA